AUGACGAGACAAAAGGUGAAAAUGGUUUACAUAGAGAAUGAGUCGUCAAGGAAAUCAACGUACAAGAAAAGAAAAAGUGGCAUUUUGAAGAAAGCCUACGAGUUAGCAACUCUCUGUGACGUCCCGAUAGCCGUAAUGAUCGACAGUCCAUACGACUUGAGCCCGGAGAUGUGGCCAUCGAGAGAAGCAGUGGAACAUGUUGUGUCCGAGUGGAAUAAGUUGUCGGUGAUGGAGAAGACCAAAAAAAUGGUUAACCAAGAGACGUUUCUCCAACAGAGGAUCUUCAAAUCAAAUGAGAGUUGGAAAAAAAUGUGGAAAGAGAACAAAGAGUUGGAGAUGAAAGAGGUUAUGUUUGAUUGUCUUAGUGGGAAAACUUCGGUUACUCGUACCAAGAAAAGUGAUCUUCGAGAUUUUAAUUGUGUCAUUGAGCAGUAUCUCAAAGAUCUUAAUCGUAGGGUCGAAAUUCUUAAGAACCAUGACUCGUCCUCUUCAUCUGCUGCUGAUGUUGCUACUACAACAACUCAUGAUAUCAACAUGCCUAGGUUUGAGACGGGUUCUUCUUCAGCUGGAUUUUAUGAUAGGAUUCGAGAUCAAAUUGAAAAUAGUUUGAAUGUGAAACACAACGUUAAAGAUUUGGAUCUGAACAAGAAACAGUGGUGA